AUGGCGCCAAAUGAUUUAGGUAACCAUUAUCGAACCCAUGCCGAUGAGCCUACAUACCUCUCAAAACUGGUCACAAGAGAUCCAGGCCUACCACGACCAAAACCCACCGAAUCCUACUGGCAACAAAUCCCACAUGCUCUCGCCAACACCCAAUCCCCAAAUCUUCCAACAGACCGCGACUUCGCCAUCAUCGGCUCCGGAAUCACUGGUCUAGCAGUAGCCAAGACUCUCCUAGAACGGCAUCCUAGUGCCACAGUGACCGUAUUGGAAGCCCGCACGCUCUGUUCUGGCGCAACUGGACGCAAUGGCGGGCAAAUGGCUGCCAAUGCCGGGGAGCAAUAUAUGAAUCUGGCCGAGACUCACGGGGCCGAGACGGCGGGUAAAAUUGUGGACUUCACGUUCCGCAAUCUGGAAAAGAUGCAGGAGUUGAUUGAAGAAUAUGAUGCUGUGGAGUUGAGCGAGAUGCAGCGGUUGCAGAAACUGCGAGUGUUUCUGACGCAGGGGAAGUUUGACGACUUUAAGAAAAGCAUUGCUCGGCUGGAACGAGAUCAUCCCGAUAAGAAGGGAUUGUAUACGAUUUUGGAUGCUGAUACUGUGGUGGAGAAAUACGGCAUCCAUGGAUCCUCCGGCGGAGCCCUACUUCCUGCUGGAACAGUCUGGCCAUACCGUCUCGUCACCAAAGUAUUCGCAGCACUGCUAGAAAGAUACCCCAACCGACUGACAAUCGAGACACACACCCCCGUCAACACCAUCGAGCAUCUAUCCCCAUCUGCUUCACCCACUGCUAGCACUUACGCGUAUACACUGCACACCUCUCGCGGCCCACUCCGAGCAGGGACAGUAGUCCACUGCACGAACGGAUACAGCGGCCAUCUCCUCCCUGAUCUAAGAGGGCUCAUCCACCCCUUCAAAGGAACAAUGACAGUCCAAGACGCACAUAACGCCGUCUCAAACCAGGGAUCGACUAUCUCGUGGGGCUUCCACUACCCUCCCACGUACAACCCGGAGACCAAACGGCUCGGCUACGGACUCUUCUAUCUAGCACAAAGUGCUAAGACCGGGUAUUUCUACUUCGGCGGCGAGAAUGCACCCCUUGAAUAUUCGGUUUCCGGUGACGAUAGCUUCGUCGCGGAAGAGUCAGUUGCACAUCUCGAGAAUGCUCUCCCGCGUUUCUUUGGUAAGGAUGAUAGGUCCUGGCGAUUGGUUAGUUCGUGGAGUGGGAUUAUGGGGUAUUCUGCUGAUGGUCUUCCGCUGGUCGGCCGGCUGCCUUCGUCGCUGACGGGUCGGGAGGGCGAGGGGGAGUGGAUUGCUGCUGGCUUCAAUGGGUAUGGCAUGGCGAAUAGUUUGAUGAGUGGGGAGGCAUUGGGUUUGAUGAUUCUGGGUGAAGAUGUUAGUAGUUGGCUUCCAAUUGCGUACGGACUGGGUGAAGAGAGACUCCGGGAGACGCUGACGGUUCCUGGGGCCAUCAAUGCCUUGAAGUCGAAGCUAUGA